UAUCACACGGUCUCGUGAGGCCUGAUCAAAUUACAAGUGAUCCCCCGAGAUAAUACAUCCUUGCUGUGAAGGAAGGCGGACUACAACCAUGGGGACCUAUAUCUUUCGAUGGCCGUAUGAGGCGGACGAGGUGUUCGUGACGGGUACCUUCGAUGACUGGGGGAAGACGGUGCAGCUGGACAAGAAGGGCUCAGUAUUUGAAAAGGAAGUCCAUCUGCCCACGGCCGAUGAGAAGAUCCAAUACAAGUUUGUUGUGGACGGCUCUUGGACCACCGAUCCCAACGCUCGAGAGGAAGACGACGGCAGUUACAACACCAACAACGUCCUUCUCCCGGAGGAAAUCACCAAGACACCAGCGCAAGCUUUCAUCCCGCUGACCGACCAGACGACGCCAGUCGCAUCAGUGAUGGCUGGCGUUACUCCCGACUCAACAACUGCUGCGCUAGCCGCCAGUGUCCCCAAGGAAUCCGAGGAGCAAGCAGACUUCGCAGCGGCCACGAUCUCUUCUGCUGCGCCUGGAUCGACCACAGCUGAGCUUGCCAAGGAUGUCCCGUUGGAGAAGAACGGUGAGGUCUUGCCCGGCUCUUUCCCGGAGACGCCCGCAAACGAGGCGAAUCAGGUAUCUGUGAAUCCUAUCCCCGCUUCGAACGGCAUUGGAAACCCCGUGCAAUUGAAGCCCGGACAGAAGGUCCCAGACCCUAGCUCCCUCCAUGCCAACACUAUUGAGUCGACGGUCAGGACGGACAAGGCUGGCUAUGAAGCAGAUGCUAGUGCUCCUGUGGUACCUGGCCUGGUCCCUGAAGGCGAGGGUGCCAAAGCCGAUGCUUUUAGUGUUCCCCCGGUAUCGAACAACAUGAUCCCAGAGUCCAGUCUUCCAAUGGACACGCCGUCCACGACAGACACUGGUCUGCCUAUUUCGUCAGCUGCCUCUGUAGCGACCACAGCAGCCCUUGCGGCAGCGGUUCCAUUCACGCGCGGCGUAGAUACCAAUGGCAAGGAGCCUGCUAGCGGCGUUCCUGAUGUUGUGAAAGACUCUUUGAAGGAGGCCCAUGAAGACCCUGAAGCAGCGGCCAGUCCUGGAGCGGUUCAGGAGAAGAAGGCAUUUGAAGAUGAGCUCACGCAUAAAGUCAAGCCCGACGACUCCACGGGAACGCCGGCCCCAACAAAUGGGUCGAUCGCGGCCAGUGCGGCCAGCGGAGUGCCUGGUGUCGUUCAGGAAUCUCUGAAGGAAGCUCAUGAGGGUCCUGAGGCGGCAGCCAGUGCAGAAGCUGUGAGGGAAAAGCAGAUAUUCGAAGACGAGCUUCGCAACAAGGUUCCGCCUGAUGAAUCCGUGGGAGCACCAGCCCCAACGUACGGAAGGGAACCCGCUGGCGACGUGCCUGGCGUCGUGAAGAAGUCUCUGCAGGAAGCUCACGAACCCCCUGAAGCUGCUGCGAGCAUCCAAGCAGUGGAAGAGAAGAAGGAAAUCGAAGAUGAAAUCAAGCAGAAGGUGAAGCCGAAUGAUGCUUUCGGGGAGCCUGCGCCCACGUUGUCAGCAGCCAGCGCAGUGGCAGCUCCAGCCCCGACUGCUAUUACAACUAAGUCCGAGUCUGCAGCUCCGGCCUCGACUGCUGUUGCAACGACUCAGCCAGAGUCCGCCAAGGUGGCCCCUCAGACGAGUCCGGUGCCUGGACCUUCGGAACCCACGGUGACCACGGGUGUCGCUACGGCCAAGACGACAGAGGUUUCCGAAGGGAAGGGAGUCGCCGGUGCCGGCCCAUCGACAUCGCAGGACCCUACUUUGAAGGAAACCUUGAGAGGGGACACUGGUGCGGGCGCAUCUACUUCGCAGAAGCCUACCCCGAAGGAAACCUUGAGAGGGGAAUCUGGUGCGGGCGCAUCGACUUCGCAGAACCCUACCCUGAAGGAAACCUUGAGAGAGGAACCUAAGAAGAAGAAGCGUUCCAGUGGAUUCUUCAAGAAGCUGAAGGAGAAGUUCAAAUAA